CGGUGAUUGCUGGGACCCGGAUUCUGUCCCUAACAACGGCCGGAGCCGGAGCGGGAGCGGGGCCCAGGAGUAGAGUUUAUGCGUAAUGGCAGAGCCCGAGCCAAAGAAGGAAGAUGCAGAUUCCAGGCGAGUUCAAACCUUCCCUAUUGUCAGGUAUUGUGAUAUGCCAGAGGAAAUGAAAGUGGAGACAAUGGAAUUGUGUGUCACGGCUUGUGAAAAGUUUUCUGCUAAUAAUGAGACUGCAGCCAAAAUGAUUAAAGAAACCAUGGACAAGAGGUUUGGUGCUUCCUGGCAUGUGGUGGUUGGUGAAGGGUUUGGGUUUGAAGUCACUCACGAGAUGAAGAACAUUCUCUACAUGUAUUUCGGGGGCAACAUGGCAGUGUGUGUGUGGAAGUGCACAUAACAUGAAAGGACUUCACCUGGAACAGCAACGCUGAUUCUCCUCCUCACUCCCCCAAUCCUAAUUUGUCUCUGAACACUACUGCACAAAGGACAUUGAUUCAAUCCAGUCACUACCAAGGAUCAUCCUGCAAACAGACCACUUGCAGUUUGAAAAGAUACAAAGCAUUUCUUCCAGUUUCAUCUAGGGCAGGGACAAGGACUGAGAAUAUUUUUAAUCUCCUGUUUUUUAACAAGGCACAAAAACAAAAUGGUCAGAAAUGAACAAUAUUAUCAUUAAAAUAGGAUUCCCUGCCCUAUUUUUUGGGAUUGUAAUAUGCCUGGAAUAUUAACAAGGUGAAUGAUGCAGAGCAAAGGUACACUUCUAUACAGUGUUUUUAAGUGAUUCUUAAAAUCUUACUUCCAUUAAUGGCAACCAAAAUAGUGCAUGAAUUUCCAAAGGGAUUUUCCUGGCAUGGGAUCUGAACGUGAGCCUCGAUGUAUGUUUUCAUUGAAGCGACAACCACCAUUUUAGAUUCACGUGAAACAGUGCAGACAUUCCUGGGUAAGGGAGGCUGAGGGGAGAAGGCAGAUUGCAAUGAGAGUUUCACACCCUGACCGUCAAAUAAAGCCUCCACCCCAGCCUAGCCUGUGGUUACCCAUUUGAAACUUAACUGAGAUUCUGACAAGCUUAUUUUUUGAUGCAACUUUCUGGGACCAGACGAAGGUGGAAAUGGGUAGGGGAGACAAGACAAGUCUGGUCUAUUUCAGCGUUAGAAAACUGUUUCUCACUUCAGUUCACUUCUUAUCAGCUCCAUGGAGGUGGAUGAGAGUAUCACAAGCCUUCGAGUUAAACCCUCAGUUGACUUGUUUCAUAAUAGUCACAUUUUUUUAAAAACAACUUUUCAAAAUAUUGUUACAGAAAUGUUCUCACUUGUAUCUUCACAGGUUUUAAUUAAAAAAAGUACUAUUUGAAA